AUGAUUAAUAGGUUAGAGAUCUUACAAAUCAACUUACGGAGAUCAAGGGCUGCAACUGUUAAUCUGGAUCUUAUCAUAUUAAACGACCAACACUCUAUUCCUACAUUCUCUACCGUAAACGGAGAAAGUUGGAUAGACCUUUCAAUCAUAACCCCUUCUCUAGCUCAUAACGUUACACAUUGGGAAAAUUACUUAUAA